AUGUUUCCUCAAUUUUCCUCGACUUUUGUCCUUGCCCUGGUGGCUUCUGUAAACGCUGCCCCGACUCUUCUUAGCAAACCGGCCCAUCGCUUUACGGACUUCUUUUCGAUUCAUCGACGGGCUGCCUCUGUAGAGGUACAAAAACAAAAUGGCCUGAUGGCUCAGGCGCAGAACGCUGCAUUCGCAGCUAUGACUGAAAAUUCCACAUGCACGACUGGCCAAGAUGCUUGCGUUAACGGCGCUUUCGCCCAAUGUACUGGCUCCACGUUCAGCUUGACGCCAUGCUCUUCAGGCCUAUCCUGCUUUGCCCUCCCGUUACUAAACAGUAAUGGUACAUCAAUUAGCUGCGAUACCGAAGCUGAUGUAGAGGCAAGAAUACAGGCCGCCGGCGUAGAGGGUGGAAUUUUCGGCAACUCCACGACCACGACAUCGACCGCG